AUGGCGGCGUCCGUUGUCUGGAGCAUGUGGGCGAACGACAUUAUUCGGAAUGGUGACCACUCUACAUGGAUUACCGACAUAGCAGACCCGCCACCCCGCUACGUUGCCAACCUACUAUCGCCAGCUGAAUCGCGUUUAGAGGAGCACCUAUCAGAUUGUGUGAGAGCUUCUAUUGCUGACUGCCAGCUACUGCGUCGCCUCCUGGUUUCUGCUGUACGCUUUGUUGACGAACAAGAGCAGCGCUUGGCGGCGCGUGAGGCCGUCAUUGAAGGGGUCCUCCGCGACAUGGUGCCUCCCUCACCAAGCCAGAUAAUCGACCCGCUGCCACGAAUCGAGAACGUUAAAGACACAGAACAUGCCGAGUGA